ACUAACGCUCCCUCUACUGUUGCAGAAUCUGAGAUAAAGAGCCGCUGAUCUCUGCUUCAAUCCCACACUUCGGCAUCCAGCAUCUCCGUUUGCUGAUGAUGGCAGCGAUGACCGAACACCAGAAUCGACUGGUGUUUUUAAUCUGCUGAGACACGACGCACUGGGAUGAUCAUCCCAAACUGGUGCCAUUUUCCUGUUUGAUUAAAAGCUGCGAGCCAACAGCUUUAAAACCAAACAGGAAGCUCUUUGAUGGGACUGGGAACCGCUGCUUCAUAAUGGGAGUAACGGUCUACAACAUCUCCUCCACCUCAGCCAGGGUGAACUGGCCGGCGUUGCCAACCUGCCUGGACACCUUCUACAGCGUCAUGUACGACCCCAACUGGAACAGCCUCAUCAUGGGCUACAAGCGAAAGAGCUUCAGGCACGAGGAGCGCAUCCCCGUCACCCAGACCAGCACAUACCUGGGCAACCUCCUGCCCCAAACCGCCUACUUCCUUUGUGUGACGUGCCAGGCCGCCGACCCCGUGCGGGAACAGUGCCAGGUGUUCAGCACCCCAGGCGAAAACAGCGAAGGCCACGACCGGGCGGGCUGGGAGCUGGCUGUGGGCGUGUGGCUGACCUGCUGCCUCUUGCUGCUGGUCAUCGCCGGCAUCCUGAUGUGGGGAUGCCUUCACAACAUGUGCUACCUGCCAGGUAGAACUCCAGAGAGCCGCCCUGUUGUCACCUCCUCCGUGCGUCAAGACAUGUCCAGCUCGGGGCACCUCUUCGCGGUCAGAAGCGGCAGCGAGGAAAGUAUCAAACGGGGCGCAGCCAUGCAGUCCUCGCUGAUGCUGGCGCAGCCCGCUGGACAUGUAAUUACCCCGGAGCAUGAGAGCUAAGCUGGCUGACAGAGAGCCAGCAUUAAUCGACUGGAUUAAGGUCAUCACAGUAUUGUUCUGCCCCAGCUGAAUUAUCGCUCAUCGUUUUACCCACUCAAUGAAAAUCCUAUUUGUGUUUACAGGAAUAGAUGUUUUCUCAAGAUCCAUUCAAAACGAUAUAUUUGUACCAUUCUAAGUAAAUUAAUCUAAACAUAUAAGCCGUUACAGUCAAUCGCUCCACUAGAACUACAAACCUACUAAAAGGUCUUAUUAAACUUUCUGCUCCACUAGUUUUUGGAGGAGCUUUUUUUUUCCCACUCAACUUUUUGCAUAAGACUUUAAGCUUUAAGACUCUGUAAAGCUUCCUAUAUCGAAACGUCCUUUCCUUCCUAUUCUACAGUGACCUUAUCAACCUGCAGUUAACCUUUAGUUUGAACAUGUGCUUCUGCACAGCUGGUCCGAUCAUGACAGAAGUCUAUCCUUUGCUUAUGGAACACAGUGAAGCGAGUCAUCCUCAGAGAAACACACUGACCUUUGACCCGUAAAGAUAGUGGGGCUGAGCGUUGGGGGGCUUAUCCCUCUGGAACUCUUGGGAGAAGGGCAGGAUGGUGCGCACAAACCUGAACGCACAGAAGGCGAUUAUUCAAAAUGACGCCAACAUAAACAGCUGGUUACAUUACACAGAAACAGAUGACAUGGAGCUAAAAACAAAGAAAUAAACAUGCAUGGAUUUGGUAGCUUUAAGGAUAAUCUUUGCUAACCAUCAUAAAUAGUAAAUAAUGAAGAAUGACAGAACAAACUUGGUGCAAUCAGACUUUGUCAGACUCCUCUUAGCGUGCCAGAUGACAAAGCAUAUUACAGAGAAGGUAAAUGCAUCCCUUCUCUUGACAAUAUUUAUUAUUUUACACUAUAUAGUUUAGUAUGCUUUAAUCGCUUAGGGAUAAAAUUAAGUAUUUUAUUUUAUGGCAACCUGGAUUAAUGUUUUAUUUUACAUGAGCUGAGGGUGUGGAUUGGUUUAAAACAGUUCCAAUUUGAAACACUAGGUGUCUCCAUCACUUCCUGCUCCUCUAAAGGCAACUAAUACUGUCACAAAAACUGAGACUUAACAGUAAAAUAAAACAGGCUGUUUUGAUAUUAGAUUUUAAAUCCAAAAUCAAAUUUAGGACAUUAACAAUGCACCACAAACACCUUUAAUUUGAGUUUUUAUUUUUAGAAAUGUGAGCAGAUCGACUCUGACUGCUGCAGCUCAGCUGGUUUCAGGCUUUGUUUCUGCUGAGUUGACCGUUUUCAUUUAAUUGUUUAGACCCAAACUGAUCCCCCUGACCUUUCAGUGAUACUCAUGUUUACAUUUUGAAAUAUUUUCUGUGUAACUCCAAUCUUAGUGAGCUACACUAAGACAUCCACAACACAUUUUCUGUCUUCCAACAGUUUUUUUAUGUAUUGUUGACCAAUCAGUAAAGCAGCCUAAGAACAAAAGGCAGCAUAUAUAUUAUAGUCCAAACCAGCCCACCUGUUGGUAGAACCGUUGUAGCAAUAGUUGGGCAGGAAGUCGUAGUUGAGCUCCCAGAAGACGUGCAGCGUGAUCCUGCCGUACGGAGCAGACACGUUGUGGUUGGCUUCGCGGAACAUGGCAUUAAAGCUGUCCAGGGUCAAGAACUUGCUGAGGAGUUUGUGCGUCAUGCGAUUGAUCUCCAGGAGACCUUCCAGCUCCUAUAAAAAUCCAGCACAACAGUUACCACAUGCAGAAUGUUUUGUCCUGCAGAGGGCUGAGGUGACGCACCAUUAUGGAGGUGAGGUCCUCGCUCUCGAAGCGGUUGAUGGCGAGCUCCAGUGAUUUGUGAAGAGCUGCCGAAACGCGCUGGGUGAUGAGUCGGUUCAGAUCAAUGGAGCGGCCCAGGAGCUGAGACAAACGUUCUGUUAGUGAGGGAUGGACGGACCGAGGGAGGGAAAGACAGUGAAGGUGAAACCACAAAGUAUGCAGCAGGUAGAGAACUCACCUGGACAUGGCGUUGCUUCAGCAGCGUCUCGUAGCGGUUGGAUGUAGGCCAGGGAAUGUUGGCGCCCUGGUUCUUGCAGUCGGCUCUCAAACGUUUAUCCAGUAGAAGACUAAAGGAUUCAAAGGAAGUAGUUUAGAUAAAAUAUGCACACAUUAUUUCAUACUUUCAUGUCAUUUUUUUUUUUAAGGUUUAAAAAUUCUUUCUAUAAUUGUUUUUCUGCGCUCCACAUCAACCAUCAGAACAAAUCAGCAACCUGGAAUCAACAGCAUUUAUUGCCAUUUUGCAACCAUAAUGAAAUUUGACUGAUACACCAGCUAAAAAAAAGAAAUAAAAUAUCCCUGGAUGCUUUCGAACAGCGGUCCUCAAUCACCGGGCCGCAGACCAGUACCAGUCCGUGGGUCAUUUAGUACCGGGCCGCACAGAAAAAAAGUAUAUAUAUAUAUAUAU